AUGAAACAGAUUCGACAAAUACUAAUUCACGCAAAAAUGCGCCAUUUAGCGAAAGAAGAGUGUUUAUUUGCUGUCAAGGUGGCACAAAAACCAAAUAAAAAAUUAAGUACGAUUGCACGUGCACUUAAGUGUGACCGUAGAACAGUUAGUCGUGUCCUGAUGCGCUUCUCGGAAACAGAAUUAUUAACCGAUCAGGAUCAACCAGGUCGGCCAACUGCUCUUACUGAAGACCAGCAAAAGAUGUUAGACAAGUAUAUCACAAAAAAUCCAACCGCAACGGCUAACCAACUUUCUAACAACUCUAUGUCUUUGUGGAUUUCUAGUGAUGAAACUCAAGUGCAAUUACGUAACUCAGGUACAAUUGCUUGGGUGAAGCGUGGUGAGCCAACACCGGUUCAUGAAAUUUCUUCACUUCGUGCUUAUGUCAGUUUGUGGGGUGCAGUCUGGUGGAAUGGAAAAACGUUUGCAAGGUAUGAUGGUUACAUGAACCAAACGCAAUAUCUACAUAUAUUAGCUUCUCAUCUUGGUCCACAUGUGCAUAAAUGUCGUCGUUAUGCUGUAGCUCAAGACAGAUUAAGGUCACACUGGGCAAAACCAGUUCGUCAGUGGUUUGAAGAUUGUGGGCUUCGAUUAUUAGACUGGCCGCCUCAUUCGCCUGAAUUUAAUGCCAUUGAAUACGUGUGGCACUGA